AUGACCCAGAGCAUGAUGACGCUUAUCGCCCAGCCGGCUGAAGACUUUGGGAAGAUCGAGUCGUGCUCUAAAGCAUGUGUAUCUCUAGCAGACCAGGUUCCAACGCUGGAGGAUAUUGACACGCGCGGCCAGAACAGAUGGACAGAGCACAAAGAGCAGACGAUACGAGGGCCAUACGACUACAUCACCUCGAAGCCCGGCAAGGAGUUUCGAACGCAGCUGCUGAGCGCGUUCAACGUCUGGCUGAAGGUGUCACCCGAUAGCCUGCAGUGUAUAUCAGGUGUGAUACGCAUGCUACACAACGCCUCUCUGCUCGUCGACGACAUUCAGGACAACUCGAGGCUGAGGAGAGGCCGACCAGUGGCCCACAGCGUUUUCGGGGUAGCCCAGACGAUCAACUCGGCUAAUUUUGUGUAUUUCCUCGCGCUGGCGGAGUUGCAGAAGCUGCCACACUCGAAAGAGGCGAUGGAAAUAUUCACCGCUGAGAUGCUCUCGCUGCACCGUGGCCAGGGGAUGGAUCUCUUCUGGCGAGACACGCUGAGCUGCCCGAGCGAAGACGACUAUCUGGAGAUGGUGUCGAACAAGACGGGAGGCCUCUUUCGACUGGCCAUCAAGCUGAUGCAGGCUGAGUGUGAGACGAAAGUCGACUGCAUGCCGCUCGUCAACCUUCUGGGCCUCAUCUUCCAAAUCACAGACGACUACAGGAACCUGGCCAGCCUGGAUUACACGCGGAAGAAGGGAUUCUGCGAGGACCUAACGGAGGGCAAGUUCUCAUUUCCUGUCGUACACAGCAUCCACGCGCAGCCCGGUAACGGGGAGCUGCUUCACAUCCUAGCACAGAAACCGGGCGAGUUCGAAUACGAGAUCAAGCAGCAUGCAGUCGGCUACAUGGAGAACACAGGCAGUUUCGCAUACACUCGACGGGCGGUGGAAGUGCUUCUGGCCAAAGCCCGGGCUGCAGCGAGGGAACUGGAUGCCCAACAUGGCUGCAGCAACAACGCCAUCCUCGCCCUGCUGGACAAGGUCGCUCGCCUCUGA